AUGAACAGAGAGCACCCAGCAGAUGUUGAGGUGACCUGUGUUUUCAGAAAGAGCUGCUUGUUACCCUGCCAGUUCCAGGAUGGAGCUCAACUACUCAUCCACUGGAUCAAAGAGUCCGAUGGAAACUCUGUGGUUCAUUCCUACUAUGAGGACAAAGAUCAGCUGGAACUCCAGGUGCAGAACUUUAAGAACCGGACAUCACUGUUUAAAGAUCAAUUUUCCAAGGGAAACGCUUCCCUGCUGCUGACAGGAGUGACGAUUGAAGAUGCAGGAAGAUACAAGUGUUACAUCAGCACUGACAGAGGAAAUAAAGAAUCAUUUGUUAACCUGAAAACAGAAGCUCCCGUCUCUAAAGUUAUCAUCUAUGAGGAAGCAAACCAGAUCAUCUGCAGCUCAGAGGGAAUCUACCCUCAACCUGAACUCUCCUGGUCCACCAUCCCUCUGUCCAACACCACUCUAAAUGUUACAACCACAGUCCAUCAGACUGAGGAUCAGCUUUACAGGAUCCGCAGCUCUCUGGUUUUAGAGGAUGAUCCUGAUGUGACCUACAGCUGCACCGUCAGAACUCAGAGGAACAACAUGACGUCCACUUAUAGGAAACCAGGUGACCUAAAAGUUACUUCACGUCAUGAGAGCAUGUUGAUCGGUGGUCCGAUUGCAGGAGCUGUAGUGGCAGUGAUAAUCAUAAUAGUGACAGUCUUUGUUUGUAGAAACCGCUCCGGCCAAGCACCAAGGGUUAAUGCAGGGCCAACGGCAGCAGAGGGGACGAGUUUAAUGGAUGGAGUAGGAGGAACAGCAACGAACCAGGAACAUCGUGAAGAACAUAACAAUGAUGAAAGUAAUGGUCCAUUGCAUUGAACUGAAAUAUGAGACCAAAUUGACAAAAAUACAAUGGAGGCAGAAAAAUAACAACCAUAAAGACACAAGAAAGACUUUAAACAUCAAAACAUAAGAUACCAACAAUAAAUGAGACAAAGUGUGAAAUUAAAGCCGAGUUCUUCAUGUCAGGAUAAAUCAAUAGUCCACUUUAAGACAGUCGGAGUGCUGGAAAUGAUUAAGACUGUCAUAAACAUCAAUAACUUUAUUAACAUAAGGAUUUAGAAGGUGCUGUUAGUAGAUAUUAUGUUUUAAUCAGGAACAUCCUUGUUUCUUAUCUUGUAUUUUGUAAAUGCUUUAAUUUUAUAGUGCUUUUACAUGUUGUUUUGUUUAAGUGUCUUAUUUGUUUAUGAGUAUCAAAUUGGCAAAUGGCAAAGUGGAAACUUUUUUUAUAUAAUUAACCCCAGCAGGUGAUAUAGCUUAAAAAAAAAAAAACAAUUUAACUAGAUUCUGGUGAAUCAGGGUCAUUUCCUCCAGGUGAUGCUUGUCUGGGUAUGACAAGAUAAAGAAAAACAAACCAACAAACAGGAGACCCUUAGAUGAAACACAGCUUUGUUUCUGUGUUUAGUUGAGCAGCUCUUUAUGUACCGAUGACUUUGAUCAUUUAACGUUUGUGAUUAUGAAAAAAAAAUAAACAAACACAUUCAACACAGAAAUUAACAACUGUUAACAACUUUACUUUAAAUCCUUCACACUGUGUCUACUGAUUAGAAAUAGAAUGAAUAAAAACACCCAUAGUCUGGCUAUUUUCCAGACUAUCAGUCUUGAACUAGAGUUCAAAUAUCUACUUUGAAGGAAAGUGUUUGUGUUGAAAACUGUUUUACUUUAUAAAUAACAACAUUGGUUUUACUGUAAUUAUAUGAAAAAAAAAUAUUUUUCUAAACUUCUUGAACAGGAGGAGCUGUUUCUUACUAAAUAUUUGGUUUUGUAUUUUUCAUUUUUUUUGUAAUUGUUAUUCUAUUACUGGUGCUUUUCUUAAAACCUAUAUUUAUUUCACAAAGUUUAUGCUGUUAAGAUUAAAUCUUAAGUUGUUGUUUUUUAAGAUAUAGCUAUUAACAAUAAAAUUGUAAAGAUAUAAUUUUGUCUUUUAAAUGAAAAAAAUGAAAAUAAGGUAUUUUUACUGAUAUCGUGCUUUAUUUAAAAUCAGGAUAUAGAAUUUACACUGCAUUUCUUGCUUUAUCAUAAUUUCUGAAUGUAUAAAUGAAGGAAAAGUAAAAGGUUCAAAUAUUUCCUCUAAAAUGUGUAGAAACAUCAAUUAAAUAGUAAAGUCAAAUAUGAUUUUUCUUUGGUUUCAAUAUCAUCCAUUGUGGUGAAUAUUAAGCCCAUUGCAUUAAAUUCUGUUAUAGUUUUCUGCUUUAUUAUAAUGAGGAAACUUCACUGUGGAACAACAUCUUUCCUGGUAAUCAUGGUAGUUAAAACUUGAAUAACAAAGGUUUAUGCUCUUUGGCCUAAAAGUAUUUCAGAAUUGCUGAUAGGAACCAUGUAGACCCCUCAGAUAAUCAGAGACUUUAUUGCUCAUUGUUUCCUGGACCAGAACUAACCUAGAGGUAACAAUUAGAUUCUAGGCUCUUCAGCUCUGGUAUGAACUUCCUAAAAACCUGAGCUGUUCAGAAACUGGUGGCUUCUUUAAAAAGAACCUGCAGCUAAAAAAACCAUUUACUGCAGGUUCAAUCAUAAAGGGAAAAAA